AUCUUUGAAAGAAUCUUUGCUCUCUACCUUCACACAACAUGUCCGGCGACGACAACAACAACGUAGGACGAACACUUGGCGGCGGCGCUGCCGAACCUCUUCCAGCGGAAUGGGCACGCCCCGCCGCCGCAAGACCAUCCUCGGGCCCACGAGUUGGACGCGUUGGAGCGUGGGGAAGUAGCGCAUCGGGUGGCGGGAGUGGUAGCAGCACUCCUAGCAGCAGCGGCAGGGGCGGUAUCCACACCUUCCGCGAUCUAGUCGGCGGCGGAGGGUUCAGCGGUGGAGGCGGAGGUGGAGGCCCUGCUCCCUCACGAGGCGGUGUGGGCCGCAUCCCACACAACGAUGAGGACGACGACUCGGACGACGAGGGCCCGCCAGAGGCCGAGAGCUGGUUCGCUGGUGGCGAGCGCAGCGGUAUCUCAGUGCAGAACCCUGCGCAAGGCGGCGGGCCUAACAUUCCUGGUGGCGACAUGGUUCGCGAUCUUCUCCGCCGUGCCGCUGAAGCCGGGCCCCCUCCUGCGCCCGAGGAGCACUCGCGAAGCAGUGCGUUCUUUGGCGGAGGACAUACACUUGGCAGCGACGAGGUCGAGAGCACGUUCGUGCCCGAUCCCAAUGCAGCGGACGAGGCUGAGGAGACUGCGAUCCGACACAUCACGUUCUGGCGCGAGGGCUUCACGAUCGAGGACGGAGAUCUAUUCCGCUACGAUGACCCCCAGCACUCGCAGACGCUCGCGGAGAUCAACCAGGGUCGGGCCCCACCGCACAUCCUGAAUGUCCUCCCUGGCCAGCCGGUCGAACUCCGCGUUGCGAAGCGCACCGAGGAAUCUUAUGUCCCUACGCGCCGCGCCUUCGGUGGCUCUGGCCACCGUUUGGGUGCGCCAGUGCCCGAGGUCAGCUCCCCGAGCGGCAGUGGCGCUGCCAGCCCUAUGCCGGGUGGUUUCCCUGGAGCGUCGUCCACGGCGGCGCCCGCGCCUUCCUCCGAGGAUCGUGGAGUGGCGAGCAUCAACACCAAGUUCGAGGUCGAUCAGACCGCGCCGACGACGAGCAUCCAGAUCAGGCUUGCGGAUGGCACUCGUAUGGUUGCUCGCAUGAAUUUGACGCACACUGUUGGCGAUAUUCGCAGCUUCAUCAAUGCCUCGCGCCCUGAAAACCUGACGCGGCCGUAUACCAUCGGCACCACCUUCCCCAACCGUAUACUGGACGACGACAAGGCGACGAUCACGGAUGCGGGACUGCAGAACAGUGUCAUCGUGCAGAGAUGGGUUUAGGGGAAGUCGAAUGAGUUGGCAAAGGCAUGACGACGAUGUGCCAGUUGUAUCGUAUAUUAUAGCAAGAUUUGUGUGAUGAAGGCCAAAUAUCUGCUCGCUCAACAGCGCUUCCUAAUGUGCGUACGCACUCUUCCUCUGCC